AUGUCAGGCCCAACAAGCCCAGCAAAAACCGGCCGACGGAAGUCUGUUAAGUUUCGAUGCCUGUAAAGCCGACAUCCACAAACAUUGCCAGAAACCCGAUGUUGAUUUGACUUCGGAUAUGUCGAUUUUAGAAUGUCUACAAGAUGCGGGACAAUCUGAAAGUGAAACAUUGAGCGAACAAUGCGAACGAUUGGUUUGGGAUUUUAAAGUCAAAUUGACACAGGAUGAUCGAUUUUUGACCGCUGCUAAACAAUAUUGUGAAGAGGAAUUGAAGGGAAAUUCAGGUGCGGGUCAAGAAAAUUAUAUAAUUUUCAAGUAGAAUAGGGAAUUUCCAGUCAUUUUUAACGAAAAUGACUGGAAAUUCAUGAUUUCUGUUGAAAAUUUGAAGAAAAUCCGAUAUUUCUAAGCCGGAUCUUGAAAUUUCCAGUGAUUCUCAUAAUUUCUUGAAUUCAGCGGUUUCAGAGGAUUGUCUGAAACUUCUGAAUUUCUGAAAAUCUGAAAAAUGACUGAAAAUUUCAAGAUCCCGCGCAGGGGAACCUAUCGCCAAUUUUUGAAAUUAAAAAUUGGUGAUUUACAGUGAAAACUAGCUGAAAAUUCUGGAAAAUCCAGGAUUUCAUUGCUAUUUUAUGAAAAAUCCGAUAAUUUUUAGCCGGAUCUUGAAAUUUCCAGUUAUUCUUAAGAUUUCUUGAAUCCAGCGGUUUCAGAGGAUAGUUCUGAAACUCCUGAAUUUCAGAAAAUCUGAAAAUGGCUGGAAAUUUUGAGCUCCCGCGCAGGGGAAUCUAUCGCCAAUUUUUUAUUUGAAAAAUCCGAUAAUUUUUAGCCGGAUCUUGAAAUUUCCAGUCAUUCUCAAGGUUUCUUGAAUUCAGCGGUUUCAGAUGAUUGUUCUGAAACUCCUGAAUUUCAGAAAAUCUGAAAAUGACUGGAAAUUUCGAGAUCUCGCGCAGGGGAACCUAUCGUCAAUUUUUUAUUUGAAAAAUCCAAUAAUUUUAAGCCGGAUCUUGAAAUUUCCAGUCAUUCUCAGGAUUUCUUGAAUUUAGCGGUUUCAGAGGAUAGUUCUGAAACCCCUGAAUUUCUGAAAAUCUGAAAAAUGACUGGAAAUUUCGAGAUCCCGCGCAGGGGAACCUAUCGCCAAUUUUUAAAAUGAAAAAUUCCAAGAUUCCCCCUUUGCCACGUCAUAACUCAAUUCCAUUUUCCAGCCAUGAGUUGGUGUGUUAGCCUAACUCAACAAGGAUACGCUUUGAGUUGUCUCAUCGAUUUUCUGCCAAACAUCACAGCCACCACCAAAUGUCACGCAUUUUUGAGUAAGUUGGGUGAAAAUUAUCGAUUUUUAGGGUUUUUUUCACCCGGAAACACCCUAAAUCCCUUAAAAAAUCAAUUCCAGGUCGUACCGAGAGAUUAGCCUUCUCCGAUUUCCGUUUGGUCGGACCAUUCAUCACAAAAUGCAAAUCGGUGCUGGACCAAUUUGGGUGCAAUACUUUGACACCAAACGCGGCUCAUAAAGGAGUUCGAGUUGCUCACACACAAGGAAUGGCUCUUGAGUGCAUUUUGGAUAAAGUUGUUAAAAAUGCGAAGAGCCAGGUGCGGAAAAGCUGAAAAUCUUUGAUCACUGCUGAAAAUCCGAUAAUUUUGAGCCGGAUCUUGAAAUUUCCGGCCAUUUUUGUGGUUUCUUGAAUUUGGGGGGUUUUCUGAAACCGCUGAAUUUCAGAAAAUCUGAAAAUUGCUGGAAAUUCCGAGCUCCCGCGCAGGGGAACCUAUCGCCAAUUUUUUAUUUGAAAAAUUUUGGGUUUCUGGCUGAAAAUUCUGAAUUCUAGAGAUUUUUAGCCCGAAAACGUGUACAAAAUUUUUGAGAAAUGAAAUUUUUUGAAUUUAAAUUCAAAACGUGACAUUUCAUAAAUCCCAAAAAAUAUCAGAAAUUUUUGGGGAAAAAUAAUUAUUUUUGUCAAUUUUUACCAUAAGAAAUUGUGAGUUUCUGGGAAAAUUUUGUAUGAGAAAAUUAAUUUUCGUACCAAAAAUAUAAAAGAAGCUCACAAUUUUAGCUGAAAAUGUGAUAAAUUCGAUAAAUUUGAGCCGGAUCCGAAAUUUCUAGCCAUUUUCAAAGGUUUCUUGAGUUUGGGGGUUUCAGGGGAUUGUUCUGAAUCCCCCAAAUUGUUAGAAAAUCUGAAAAUUGCUGGAAAUUUCGAGAUCCCGCGCAGGGGAACCUAUCGCCAAUUUUUGAAUUGAAAAUUCGAAAUUUUCAGUGAAAACUAACUGAAAAUUGACGAAAAAUACAAAGUUCACUUUAAAUUCCGAGAAAAAUCGAUAUUUUAAAGCUAGAAUUGCCGGAUCUUAAAAUUUCCAGUCAUUCUCAAGAUUUCCUGGGUUUCAGAAAACUUCUGAAAUCCUCGAAAAUCUGAAAAUGGCUGGAAAUUUCGAGAUCCCGCGCAGGGGAACCUAUCGCCAAUUUUUGAAUUGAAAAAUCCAAUAAUUUCAAGCCGGAUCCGAAAUUUCCAGCCAUUUUCAAAGGUUUCUUGAAUUUGGGGGCUUCAGAAGAUUGUUCUGAAUCCCCCAAAUUGUUACAAAAUCUGAAAAUGACUGGAAAUUUCGCGAUCCCGCGCAGGGGAACCUAUCGCCAAAUUUUUAUUUGAGAAUUUUGCAGGCCGAUGCUCUCGCAAUCCUCGGAGAUGAUUGUAAACACGAAGUUCUUCGCUUAGCUGAAAUGCAAGCCGAUGAUUUCCACUUAGAUCGUCCGCUUUUCUUCGCCUGUCGUCAAGAUCGUGAAAAAUAUUGCAAAGAUGUUCCAUCAGGUCAAGGAAAAGUGUUCGAAUGUUUGAUAAUGCAUAGAAAUGAUCAAUUUAUGGAUGCACAAUGUGCAAAUCUAUUGGCUGAACGAGCUUAUUUAAUGGGAAGAGAUUAUCGAUUGGCACAUCCGCUAACUAAAGCUUGCUCAGCCGAAAUGGCACGCUAUAAAUGCGAACCACAAAAUCAAUUGGAAUCGGCCGCCCAUUUCCAUUUGGCCUGGAUUUUGUUGUGUUUGGAGAAUGGGGCUAAUCAACCGGAACAUAAGGAGAUUCCACCGGGAGAACAGUGUAUGCAUGAAAUGGUUACCCAUCGACAAAUGAUGAUGCAGAAUUUUAGGUAUUGCUGAAAUCUGGCUGAAAUUUGGGGAAAAUCCGAAUUUUUUGAAGAUUUGGGAACUUCAGAAGGUUUUCUUUGCCUUAAAGAAGAUUUUCUGAAAUUCCCUGAAAAAAGAGAACUCUUUUUGCCGAAAAUCCAUGAAAAACCAUAAUUUCUAGCCGGAUCUUGAAAUUUCCAGUCAUUUUUGAGGUUUCUUGGAUUUGGGGGUUUCAGAAGGUUGUCUGAAACCCCGAAAUUUUUUGAAAAUCUGAAAAUGGCUGGAAAUUUCGAGCUCCCGCGCAGGGGAACCUAUCGUCAAUUUUUUAUUCGAAAAUUUGAGAUUUUUGAGCAAAAAUUGGAUGAAAACUAUAAUUUCAGACCGAAAAUCCUGAAUCUUUGAAUGUCACGUUCAGAAAUUUGAAAAAAAUCAUUUUUUUUUCAAUUUUCAAAUUUCAAAAUUCCACGAAAAAUCUUGAAAUUCCUAAUUUUCCCUAAAAUUUUAUGAAAAUCAAUAAUUUUAAGCCGGACCUCUGAAUUUCCAGUCAUUUUCAAGGUUUCGUGGAUUUGGGGGUUUCAGAAGGUUGUCUGAAACCCCGAAAUUUUUGAAAAUCUAAAAAUGGCUGGAAAUUUCGAGCUCCCGCGCAGGGGAACCUAUCGCCAAUUUUUUAUUUGAAAAUUUGAGAUUUUUGGGCAAAAGUUGGCUGAAAAUUGGUAUGAAAAUUGAAAAAAAUCAUUUUUUUUUUGAUUUUUUGAAUUAAAUAUUCCUAAUUUUCUCUAGAAUUUUAUGAAAAUCAAUAAUUUUAAGCCGGACCUCUAAAUUUCCAGUCAUUUUCAAGGUUUCUUGAAUUUGGGGGUUUCAGAAGGUUGUCUGAAACCCCGAAAUUUUUGAAAAUCUAAAAAUGACUGGAAAUUUCGAGCUCCCGCGCAGGGGAACCUAUCGCCAAUUUUUGAAUGUGAAUUUUCCGAGCGACGCAAGUCGCGAGUGUAAACCGGAAGCUUGCGCGAAGCGCCGCUAUCUUCCGCGAACGCGGCAACCUCGCGGAGUUUCGCGGAAGCUUACCCCUCACUAAAAUCCUUUUCUCCAGAAUGGCUCCCGAAUUGGUGCUGAAUUGUGCUCAAGAAAUCGACAAAUUCUGUUCGCCACGUGGCGACAUCGAAGCCGAAGGCCGAACUCUUCACUGUCUCAUGGAACACGCUGAAACUCGAAACGAAAGUCUGAAAUUGGGCCCACAAUGUGUUCAAGCUGUCAAACAAGUUGUAAAAGUGGCAGAUAUCGGAAGAAACUAUAAAGUUGACAAGGUUUUGUAUGCAUCCUGUAGAGCUCUAAUCGAUGGAGCAUGCUCACAAGAUGCCAAUUCAGAACUCUCAACUUUACAAUGUUUAAUGAGACAUGUGGAUAAUCCGGAUAUGACACCGAUUUGUGAGAAACGAUUGCUUGAAGUGCAAUAUUUUAUGGCCAGGGAUUGGACUUUGGAACCCGAAUUGUAUGAGGCUUGCCAUCAGGAGGCUGUGUCACGAUGUUCGGCAUUGGAUAAUUGGCAUCAACAACAUAAUACCGAUAAUCAAAUUGAUCCCGGACCGCAGGUUUUGGCGUGUUUGUAUCGAAGUGCUUAUGAUGAACAGAAUCCGGUGAGUUUUUGAAGAAAUCACGAAAAACGGGUUUUUACACGAUUUUCCCCAUGAAAAUCUGAGGUUUUUGCUGAUUUUUACCUGAAAAAUCAUGAAUUUUGACGAAAAAUGGGGUUUUCUGUGAUUUUCCCUAUGAAAAUCUGGUCUAAAUAAGGUUUUUGCUGAUUUUUACCUGAAAAAUCAAUAAAUGUGAUAAAAAUAAGGUUUUUAUUGAUUUUUGCCUGAAAAAUUACAUGGUUUCUAUUGAAUACCAUGAAAAUCUGAGGGUUUUGCUGAUUUUUACCGGAAAAAUCAUGAAUUUGGAUGAAAAAUGGGUUUUUAUUGAUUUUUGCCUGAAAAAUCACAUGAUUCUAUUGAAUACCAUGAAAAUCUGAGGUUUUUGCUGAUUUUUACCUGAAAAAUCAUGAAUUUUGACGAAAAAUGGGGGUUUCUAUGAUUUUCCUCUUUAAAAUCUGGUUUUUCAGUGAAAGCUUCCAGAAAAAUGCAAAAAUCUCGUAAUUUUUGAUGAAAAACUGAUAAUUUUAAGCCGGACCUUGAAAUUUCCAGUCAUUUUCAAGAUUUCUUGAAUUCGGGGCUUCAGAUGAUGUUUUGAAGCCCCCAACUUCUUGAAAAUCUGAAAAUGGCUGGAAAUUUUGAGCUCCCGCGCAGGGGAACCUAUCGCCAAUUUUUGAAUUGAAAUUUGAAGAAAUUCGGAUUUUCCAAUGAUAAUUUGGGCAUUGCUCAUGUUAGAAACAUCCCAAAAAUCGUGUGGAAAAUGUAAAAAUUCAUGAAAUUUAUCAGAAAAACCUAAUUCCUAGUUAAAAUUUGAUAAAAGUGCUGUUAAAUCUUGAAAAUCAGUUUGUAAUACCUUAAAUUUAUCAGAAAAUUCAUAGAAUUCAUCAAAAACUUCUGGGUUGUCCUCAAAAAUUCUCCAAAAAUCAAAAAAAAUUGAUUAAAAUAUUUGAAAUUCAAUAAAAGUUCCUAUAUUUUUGCAGCUCUCCGUUCAAUGCGGAACUCAAGUGCGUCAACUUCUCCGCCUCCGCGCAGCCCGUGUAAAUCUCGUACCAGAAAUCGAAGAUGCAUGCCGUGAUGCUCUUUCCAAUUAUUGUUCACACAAUGUAAAACCGAUGGAAGAAAUGAUGUGCCUUCAACAGAAUUUCGAAAAAGAACAAUUCAAAAUGAAACAUGCGGAUUGUUAUAAUGAAAUUCGAAGAUUCACUGAAAUGGAAGCGAAAGAUACGAAAUUGAAUAGAUUAUUGACGAAAGCAUGUAAACCUGUGAUAUCGACGCAUUGUAAUCAAUUUGCAAAUGAGGAAAUUGAUCAUGGAGAUGUGUUGGAGUGUUUGGUUAAUAAUAAGGUAUGGGAUGAAAAUUCCCUUGAAAAUACAAGGUUUUUACGUGAAAUUUGAAGAAAAUUGGGUUUUUCCAUGAUUUUCCCCAUGAAAAUCUGAGGUUUUUGAUGAUUUUUACCUGAAAAAUCACUCAUUUCAACAAAAAGGGUUUUUUCAUGAUUUUCCCCUUGAAAAUCUGAUAUAAAAUAUGGUUUUCAGUGAUUUUAACCUGAAAAAUCAUUAAAUUGAAGAAAAAUGGGGUUUUCCAUGAUUUUCCCUAUGAAAAUCUGAGGUUUUUGAUGAUUUUUACUUGAAAAAUCAUGAAAUUUGAAGAAAAUGAGUUUUUUGGUGAUUUUUACUUGAAAAAUCACAAAAAUUAUUAAAGAUGAAGGUUUUUAGGGAUUUUUACCUGAAAAAUUAUGAAAUUUGAUAAUAGUCAGCUUUUCUGGUGAAUCUUACCCAAAAAAAAUUCGAAAAUUUGAAAAUUUCAAGAAAAACUGCGAAAAUUUCAUAAAAACCCGAAUAUUCAGCUACUAAAUCCCAAAUUUUCAACAUGAAAUUAAAUUUUGACCCAAGAAAUGUACACCACAAGCUUCCGCGAGGUUUCCGCGUUCGCGGAAGAUUGUGGCGCUUCGCGCAAGCUUGCGGUGUACAAAAAAAUCGACAGUUCUAUAAGCCGGAUCCAAAAUCUCGCAUAAUUUGGGAAAUUUUGCUCGAAAAUUGAAAAAUUUGGCGAGAUUUUGAGAUCCCGCACAGGGGAACCUAUCGCCAAUUUUUGAAUUGGAAUUCCGCAAGCUUGCGCGAACGCGGAAAGGUUGCGGAAGCUCGAAAAAUCAUGGAAAAAACCAUAUUUUGAUCUAUAAUUAAAUGAAAAAUGUCAUAGAACCUCUCGAAUCAGCUCAAAAACUGUAAAACUCAUCAAAAAUUUAAGGAUCAUACAGUAGUCAUCUUUAAAAAAACCCCUGAAAUUAAAUUAAGGCUAGAAAUGACCAGAAAAUGUUCUAGAACUGUUAAAAAUAGCCCAAAAACCUCAAAUUUCUGAUAUUUUUAAAGGAACAUACAGUAACCUUGUCAAUUUUCCAGAAUUCCCAACAAAUGACAUCAAAAUGUCGUUCCUAUGUCAAUCAUUUCGAAUUAAUUUCCCUUCGCGACUAUCAUUUCUCAUUCAAAUUCGAACAAGCCUGCAAAGCUGAUAUUUCAAUGAAUUGUCGUGAUCACAAUAAUGACAAAGGCGAAAUCAUCCGAUGUUUAUCCGAAGUUCGAUUCGAACACAAAGUUCUUGGAGCGGCGAAAGAUUUGACGGAUGAAUGCAAGAAACAAUUGAAAGUCGCCUAUCUUCAACAAGAACAGGUAGAAGUGAGUUUGCGAUUGGUUUUGGUAAUGUGUUUUGUGUGGCAGAAAUAGAAGUAGAGUUAGGAUAAGUUGGGAUGGAAAAUGAGGGGAAAAUUUGGAUUUUUUGGAGAAAAAUGGUUGAUUUUUGAUGAAAAAUUGAAAAUUCUGGCACAAAAGAGGAAAUUUUGAAUUUUUAAAUUUUGCGCCAAAAAUCUACUCGAAUUACUGUAGGUUUUUGGCGCCAAGAUGGAAAUUUUUGAAUUUUUAAAUUUCGCGCCAAAAAUCUAUUCGAAUUACUGUAGGAUUUCUGGCGCCAAAAAUUAGAAUUUUUAAAUUUGGCGCCAAAAAUCUACUCGAAUUACUGUAGGUUUUUGGCGCCAAAAUGGAAAUUUUUGAAUUCUUAAAUUUCGUGCCAAAAAUCAGAAUGUUCAAAUUUCGCGCUGAAAUUUAUGCUUAAAUUUCGGAUUUUCUGAAAAUUUCAAAUUUUUGCCCUCAUUUUCCAGCCCUAUUUUUUGUGUCUGCAAAUUUUUAAGCUGAAAAAUUCAUGUUAUUUUCAUCUUAGACUAACUUAGGCUAACUUUAACUUACACUAACUUAUAUGUGCUUUUCUUUCCUAUCUUUUUAUCACAUUUUUGAGUUUUUUGAGUUUUUCACCUACAAGGGACCAUUUUUUCCAGAAAAUCUGGAAAUUUCAGAAAAAUUGAAAUUUUUCAAUGGAAAAUAAUCAAAAAUUCGGAAUUUUCAGUGAAAAAUGAUUCAGAAAAUACAAAAAUCUAGAAAUUUUCAGAUUCCUUAAAAAAAUGGUCCCUUUUUGUUACUUUGUCCAAUGUUUGCGUUUUGGGUUUCAAUAUUUCAGUUUUCCUUUUUUUCUAACCAAAAAGCAUGUUUGAAUGAGGCAUUGCUCAGUUUAACUGGGAAAUUGUGGAUUUUUGGAGCGAUUUUGAGCCCGGAAGGGGUAUUUUUGAGCAUUGCUCAUAUUAAGAAAAUUUUCGGCAUUGCUCAUAUUAUACUCCCUCCAAAAAUCCACAAUUUUUGCACGUUUUUCACCAACAUUGCUCAUAUUAAAAUAGUCCUACAGUAGGGCAUUUAUAAUAUGAUCAAUCCCCUCUCUCCUAUUAUUGCUCAUAUUAUAAUAGCCCUACUGUAGAUAUUCCCUAGUCUUCUACCAUUGCUCAUAUUAUAAUAACUCUACUGUAGGGCAUUUAUAAUAUGAGCAAUCCCCUCUCUCCUAUUAUUGCUCAUAUUUUAACAGCCCUACAGUAGGGAUAUUAUAAUAUGAGCAAUCCCACCCCGUCCCCCUUCUCCCAUGUUCCUUUGAACUCUACAGUACCUCUACACCCCCUUCUUCAAUUUUCAGUUUGACGACAAAGAGCACAUGUCUGAAGCCGAUCCGAAAUUGUCGCAAAAAUGUUCGCGCGAAAUUGUCCAAUUCAAAUGUAAUCAAGCGGAAACCUUUGAAGACACUAUCGAAUGUUUACGAUUGAAUUUCGAACAACUCGGACCCGAUUGUAAACAAAUGAUAUUUUAUCGAGAGAAAAUUGAGGCCGCAGAUAAUUCGAUGGAUGAUGAAUUGCAGAAAAAGUGCAAGUUGGUGACAUUUUUUGGGGAGGAAAACUGGGGGAAAAUCUGAAUUUCUGAAGGAAAAUAAGCGGAGAACUAGUUUUUUAAUGAAAAAUUCAAAAAAAAAUCUGAUUUUCUAGGGAAAAAUAAGCCAAAAAUGAGGUUUUCUGUUGAAAAUUUUUCUCAGAAUUGAUCCUGAGAUUCAGCCUAAAAUUGAGCCUGAAAUUAGGUCUUAAAUUGAGCCUAAAUUUAACCCUAUAACUCUAGAUUGACCUAAAAUUAGGCCCACAACUUAGUCUGAAUUGAGCCUGAAAUGACCUAAAAUUAAGUUCACAACUUAGCCUAAAUUGAGCCUGGAAUCAGGCCGAAAAUUUAACCUAAAUUGGGCUUAAAAUACACCUAAAAUCAAGCCUAGAAUUGAGCCUAAGAACCUUAAAUUAAAUAUAAAACUAGGUCUAAAAUUGGCCUCAAAUUAAAUUCCUUAACCCUGAAAUUAGGUCUAAAAUUGAGAAUUCCUAAAAUUAGGUUCACAACUUAGCCUAAAUUGAGCCUGAAGUUAGGCCAGAAAUUAGGUCUCUAAUUGAGCUUUGAAAAUAAGCCUGAAAUUGAACAUAAGCUAGGCCUGAAAUUAAAAUUAGGUCUAAUUUUAAGCUUGAAAUUAAAUCUGAAAUCAAACCUUAAACUGAACCUAAAAUUGGCCUUAAAUUAAACCUAAAAUCAAGCCUAAUUUUCACCUUAAAUCUAGCCUGAAAUUAAGCUUAACACUAGGUCUACUACUUAGCCUAAAUUUAAGCCUAAAAUAGAGCCUAAAUUAAACCCCUAAACCUGAAAUUAAGCCCAAAAUUGACCUUACAUUUAUCUUAAAUCAAGCCUUAAUUAAGGCUCUCAACUAAGCCUAGAAUCAAACCUGGAAUUGAUCCCUAACAAGAUCCAACUUCUACUUCCAUAAUUCCAGAUAUGAUCUCGGAAAAUUCUGCUCAAAUGCAGAUCCAGACAAUGUUCUCGAAUGCCUAACCAACUCAAAAAUCGUCCGUUUACUCCAAAGAGAAUGCAAAGCUGUAGUAAAAGAACGAAUGAAGGAAUCAGCACGAGAUGUUCGACUUAGACCAAGUCUAUUAGUUGCCUGCAAACCGGAAGCGGAAAAAUAUUGUCCGGAAGAUUUGAAAAAGAUCAAUAUGCCCCAAUAUAGUCAACAAAUAUUGGAUGGAGUUGUUGUGAAUUGUUUAAGAGAGCAAUUUAGAAAAUCGAUAAGUGAUCAGACACAAAUUGAGAUGAGUGUACAAUGCUCGUCGGAAAUUAGCAGAGCGAUUGUUGAAGCGGAAUUUGAUGCUGAAUUGGAUCCGCCACUUUAUAAUGCGUGUAAGGCGACGAUUAAUUUGCAUUGCUCAGCGGCUGUUAUGCAUUCGGUAAGGGUUUUUACUCCAAAAAUUCGAAAUUUUUAAGAAAAAUGGGUUUUUGCAUGAUUUUCCCCAUGAAAAUCUGAGGUUUUUGAUGAUUUUUACCUGAAAAAUCAUGAAAUUUGAUAAAACUGAAGGUUUUUAGUGAUUUUUACCCAAAAAAUCACGAAAUUUGGAAGAAAAAUGGGUUUUCCCGUGAUUUUUAUCUGAAAAAUCACAAAAAUUAUUAAAGAUGAAGGUUUUUAGUGAUUUUUACCUCAAAAAUCACGAGAAAUUUGAAAAUUCCACGAAAUCCACGAAAUUUAGCUUUAAAAUCCCAAAUUUUCAACCUGAAAUUGAAUUUUGACCUAAAAAUGUAUACCGCAAGCUUCCGCGAGGUUGCCGCGUUCGCGGAAGAUUGUGGCGCUUCGCGCAAGCUUGCGGUGUACAAAAAACCCGACAUUUCCAUAAGCCGGAUCCAAAAUCUCGCAUAAUUUGGGAAAUUUUCUCGAAAAAUUGAAAAAUUCGGCGAGAUUUUGAGAUCCCGCGCAGGGGAACCUAUCGCCAAUUUUUUAUUUGAAUUGGGAUUUUUUUCCGCAAGCUUGCGCGAACGCGGAAAGGUUGCGGAAGCAUUUUUUGGGACCAAAAAUGUUCAAUUUUAUCAGAUUUUUGUAGGAAAAAUCACAAAAAAUCCCAAAUUUUCCAAUUUUCCUCAAAUUUCUCCCCAAAAAAACCCAAUUUUUCUCCAGGGAGGCCACUUUGACAAUGUUUUGGAAUGUCUCAAAGCCGACUUCAACAAUGGAGCAAUCCGAGAUAAAUCGUGCUCGGCUCAAGUUGCUCGACGACUUCAAGAAACUAUGGUCGACAUUCAUUUGGAUCCGAUUUUGCACAGCGCGUGUGCAAAUGAUAUUAGAAAACACUGUAAUGAUGUUCCGCCGGGACAUAGUAGAAGUGAGCAUUUUUCGGGGGAGCUUGGGGAAAAAAUGAGCCAAAAUUCAUGAAAUUUGAUGGAAAAUGAGCAUUUCUCAUGUUAAGAGCGUUAUUUUGACACUAAAUAAGGUGUUGCUCAUGUUAUGAUCAAGUUCAAGCUCUUAAUAUGAGCAAUAUGUUGUUUAGAAUCAAAAUAUAGCUCUUAACAUGAGCAGCCGAAUUUUAACAAAUUAAUAUGAGCAAUGUGCUGUUUAGUAUCAAAUUAAAGCUCUUAACAUGAGCAAUCCGAAUUUUCACCAAAUUAAUAUGAGCAAUGUGUUUUCUAGAAUCACUUAACCUGAGCAAUCCGAAUUUUAACUAAUUAAUAUGAGCAAUGUGUUGUUUAGUAUCAAAAUAUAGCUCUUAACAUGAGCAAUCCGAAUUUUAACUAAUUAAUAUGAGCAAUGUGUUGUUUAGUAUCAAAAUAUAGCUCUUAACAUGAGCAAUCCGAUUUUCAACCAUUUUUUUCCAGUUGUCAUGUGUUUGGUCGAUGUUGCUGAUAAUAAAGGAGAAGAAUUGACGAGAGAAUGUAAAUCGAAAUUGUCAGAUAGAAAUAAGCUAUGGAUGAAAGCGCAUGCUGUGAGUUUUUUUUGGGCUGAAAAUGUCUGGGAAAAGCUGAAAAAUCUGGAUUUUUGAGUGUAAAUUUGGGUUUUCUGACGAAUUUUUCAAGAAAAAUCCUAUUUUUUAGCUGAAAAUUUGACAAGAAAUGCCGAAAUUCAGCCAUAUUUGACUGAAAAAGCUGAAAAUUCAAGAUAAUUUUGUUUCCAGGAGCAUCAAAUGGCUCUUCCGGAUUCCUGGCACGCUUUAGCCAAUCUUGUAAUGGACCACCCACAAAGAUAUACAAUUUUGACGUAUUUGGGAGGAUUUGUGUUCUUUGUGCUAUUGAUUGGUUGUUGUUGUGGAAGAGUUAGCAAAAGACAAUAUCAGGAGAUGAAAAAUCGAUAA